CUACGCCGACACGAGCUCGUUCAUGGUGGCGUCCCAGUCGUCGCUGGACGACCUGAACGGCCGCCUGGCGGAGCCCGUGUCCAUGGGGUGGUUCCGGCCCAACGUGGUGGUCCGCGGCGCCAGGCCCUUCGACGAGGACGACUGGGCCUUCCUCAAGAUCGGCGACGUCGUCCUCAGGAGGGUCAAACCCUGCGAGAGGUGUCUGCUGACGACGAUCGAUCCUUCCACGGGGCGCCGGAGCCCUCGCAAGGAACCUCUCAACACGCUGCAGCAGUACCGCACGCCCAAACACCCGCCCAGACUGGCAAAGAUCUGGUCGAAGAAGCCCGUGUUCGGCGUGAACAUGACCACGGACACCGAGGGCGCCGUGUCCGUGGGCGACCGGGUCAUGAUAGCGCGAGCCAGCAAGCAUCCCGAGUACGUGAUCUGAGGGAGCCAUCUGCCAUAAGGAUGUCGAUCCCGCCCCGACGCCGUAUCAGAGUGGACCAUCCUGAUGGGGAGAUACGACGGCGGCCCGGGCGUUGUUCGCGGAGGCACGGGG